CGGCGGGCUGUUCACCCUUCCUCAUAAAUGCCAGUGCAUGAACCUCAGCACCCACGAGGUUUUCUGAAACCCGGCUCCCUUCUGACUACCAGGACUAUAUCAUCCGCGUAGCCAAGGCAAUAGAAUCUCUUCUUGGCCAUUUUUGCCAGGAGAUCGGACCGCCCAAUACAAUGUCGAUAAAACGCCUCUCUGUGGGCAGCCCCUUCCCACUAUUGCUUUUAUUGUGUCCUCAUCCAGAGUAGAUGUAAUUAACCUGUUUCUUAGGCUGGCUCACAUCCAGUUGCAAACGGUAUGCGAGAUAUUCCUACACUUGAGAUGAUGUGGUUGGAACGUUGUUAAACGCUCCCUCUAUAUCUAGAAACGUGGUUAGUGCUACCUCUUUGUCAUCAAUUGACUUUGUCAGGAGUCUGUUUAGGUCUUCCCAGUGUAGACUUUCCUGGUUGGUAGGCAUACUACUGGCAAUCCCUUAGAGGAUAGAGUGUCAGUGUGCGGUCUCUGAUGUAUCCAUCCACAUUUUUUUCCAGCGUUUUGUACAGGAACGAAGGUAGACAUAUAGGUCUGUAUUACUUAGGCGUUUUGGCGCUAAACAUUUACAAUUUAGUUUCUAUUAUUUGUUUCUAGGCUCAGUAAUAAUUAUUAAAAAAAUAAAAUUGGCUAAUUAUACAAUAGAAAGGUUGUUUCAAAUUCUCAAAAAAGUUACUUUGUCAAGUCUCGUUUGAAUUUUGAUAACUUUGACUAUUUUGAACUCACUACUAUAGGAAAUCUAGGAAUCAAAACUAAUGCAAAAGAGUAUUAGGAAGAUUUGCUGUACUGUUCUGAGUUCGAUAUUAUUUUCUGAUCCAAUAGUCUCUUUCUGAAAAACGCAGUAUACUUUCUAGAAGUCAGGUAUGGAAUCUGUGUAGGAAUAGGUACAUCACAAUAAUUUGAUUUCUAUUAAAAAUGGAUUAUCCAAAAUCAAAAUUAUUAACGCUCCAUUACAAUCAAAAUAUUAUUUUCUCUUAGAUUUCCGGAUUGUCGAAGGAAAAUUGUUUGUUUUCGAAUCAAAAUCCUGCAUUUAAAAUACGUAAAUCAAUGUCUCUUGUUGAGCAAUUAAACGACAAGUAAAACAAAUUAUCCCUGCUGGAAAACUCACUAAUUCAUAAUUUAUUGACCACGUGAUAUGUCUCCUGGAUAUUUAUUGUUUGUGUUGGCGUUUUGGAACGGUCAUCAUUACUGUUUCUCACUUCGAAUGGGAUAGUGGACAGUUAGUAAAAAUAUAUAUAUUCUGUGGUAAUUUUUUUUGUGCAAAGCUAAAGUGGCUUCUUCCGAAGUUAGAAUAACCCCGUCCCCAUCUGUGACCAUGUCCACAGCGAUUAUUAAUGGUAACAACACCAGUACAGAAGAUUUUACUAAGCAUGUAUUUGGUGGCAGUAAUUACAAUUCAGAACAAGUAAUAGAAGAAAACAAAACUUGUGGAAAAAUCUUGACUAUCCUAUCAUGGGUGGUUGUUGUCUUGACGAUGCCCUUUUCGCUUUUUGUUUGCUUCAAGGUGGUUCAGGAGUACGAAAGGGCCGUCAUUUUCCGUUUGGGAAGGUUGCUUUCUGGCGGCGCUAAGGGACCCGGAAUUUUCUUCAUUCUACCCUGCAUCGACGCCUACGCAAGGGUGGAUCUUCGUACCAGAACUUACGACAUCCCUCCUCAAGAAGUACUAACCAAAGACAGCGUAACAGUAUCAGUAGAUGCAGUGGUUUACUAUCGAGUAUCCAACGCCACAGUUUCAAUUGCCAACGUGGAAAACGCUCAUCAUUCUACCAGACUUCUUGCUCAAACCACCCUGAGAAAUAUCAUGGGACAACGGCCUUUGCAUGAAAUCCUCAGCGAAAGAGAGAGCAUUUCUCAGCACAUGAAGGCACUUUUGGAUGAAGCUACUGAUUCGUGGGGCAUAAAUGUUGAACGAGUUGAGAUAAAGGAUGUUCGCUUGCCUGUUCAGCUUCAAAGAGCGAUGGCAGCUGAAGCUGAAGCAGCUAGAGAGGCUCGAGCUAAAGUAAUUGCAGCUGAAGGAGAGCAAAAGGCUUCAAGAGCCUUAAGAGAGGCUUCUGAAGUUAUUGGAGAUUCACCCGCAGCUCUACAGCUGAGAUACUUACAAACAUUGAAUACAAUCUCCUCAGAGAAGAAUUCGACAAUUGUAUUUCCACUCCCCAUAGACAUUUUGACUUAUUUCAUGAAGGCUAAAGAGAGACAAGAGGCUGCAUUAGCGUCAACAUCAACGACAACGUAAAUUUGUUUUAUUUUUUUUUUAAAAAAAGGUGGUGGGAGAUAAUACGUUGCACGUUACUCUACGAAUAUAUUUUAAAAAUAAUAAUUAUUAUAUCAAUAUAUGGUCCAGACUUGAAAGAAUUUUAUAAAGUAUAAAGAAGCACUGACGAAUAAUGUAUUUUUGAUGUCGUAGUUAAUACAAUUUUAGCACUCUAUUUUAAACGAAUCUAAAUGUGCACUUUUUUGAAGAAAAAAAAAAGUCUUAACUUACUAUAUAGAUCAAUCAGUGUAAUAAUCAUCUAAUUUAAGUAUUAAAAACUGUGUGUUAUUAUUAUUGUUCUGGUUCUUCAUAGGAUUCAUCAGUCAGCGUAAGAAAACAACAGAGGCAUGAAAACACAGGGGGUAAGUUGGAACCAAAUUGUAUUUUAUUUUGUCAUCAGGCUAUUGGUGUAAGAUCAGGAUUCAAGAGAUCUUAUUGGUCAUUCUAUUUAUCGCAACUCAUCUAUUUAGUGUGUUUUUUCCAAUAUUUAUUCAUACAAUGUGUGGGAAACUUUUUUGUUAUCAAUUUUACAAAAAAGAAAUCCCCCACUUCUAAAACCGCUGUAUUUAUAUAUGUUUUGUUUCCCCAA